CGAAAAUCCCUUUCCAGAGAGAAAAAGACUCUACAAGACUGUAAUUAUUUCCGACGGUACAAAGACUAUAGUACCUGUUUUGAAAUAUACUUUACUGAUUCGUAGUGUUCGCAUGAUCUUCAUACAGUGAGAAAAUAGAUUUUGCGGAGCAUUUAAGUUCUACGUUUUGUCGUUGCAGCACUACAAGCUGCAUAAUAAGUAUUCUAAUUCUGACGCUCACACCGACCACACGCGUGUUGCAUCAAAUCGAUUUUUCAGCAGUUGAAAAGAAAUUCAAGGAUGGUCCUCCAAACCAUGUCGCCGCGAGGGACAUUGCAAGGAUGCUGAUCUAUCCACCUCCUACUACUUGAAGCUGGAACUUCUACACGAGAGGAUUGGUUCUGACCACGACGGCGCACAUACACAUACCAGUUUAGAAACUUCAAUCCGCCCGCUCUAUUGAACACGGACACCAGCCGUCGGAACAAAUAGACGGAGGAAUAAACUGGACUUUUUCACCCGAGAACGACCAGUGUAGAAGCAAUAAACCUGCUAGAAGUAGUUGCUCGUCGUCCGGAACAACUACAUCAGAAAAUGAUCAAGGUCUUCGGCGUGGGCCGCGGGGCCAAAAAGAAGCAAGACCAGCAGUCCAAUAAUCAGGAGUCCGGGAAUGAGCAAUCGGCCACAAGCAACCCUGCAGCAGGAUCUGCUUCCCAGUCUUUUGGGGACAAACAACCCGGGGAAAUAAGGAUGCAGAAGGAGCUGGAUGAGCUGGAUGUGCCGCCGCAGUGUCAGCUGAACUUCUUGAACAAGAACAACAUCAUGCACUUUGCGCUCGAUGUAAAACCAGAGGAGGGCAUGUGGAAGCAAGCUUGUUUCCGGUUUUUGUUCACAAUACCUCCACUGUAUCUAUACCUUUGUUUUGAGAAAUGUUGAUGUGAAGAAGUGUUUAUUUAUUUCGAGUAGAGACCCAGCUUCACCUUCAGUUUGUUAGUUCGACUUCGCUGCUCUGCUGGCCAUUUGUACAUCAAGCAAUAGUAGGACAAGGGCCCUAUCUAGUCCAGUUUUCUACGCAUGACAAAUUGAAAUUUCUAACAUCUGCACUAUCCGAAACCUCAGGUACCCCCACGAAGCGCCAAAAGUGAAGUGUGACACGAAGAUCUUCCACCCAAAUAUAGAUCUGGAGGGCAACGUGUGCCUGAAUAUUUUGCGGGAGGAAUGGAAACCCGUUUUGUCAAUAUCGGCGGUGAUAUACGGUACUAUACUUUACUGUAAUUUGUGAUGCGAAUACUGCUUACUAGUUGCAGAGUAGGAAGCAUUUGUUUAUCCAGCAGGGAAUACGAUUACGAAUACCAUAACCAUUUUACCCAUUCAUGCAAAUUUCGAUUCGCAAUCGCACGACGUCAAGAUAAUAUCAACUCGUAAAAACAAGGUAUCCUGCACCUUUUCGCCGAGCCAAACGGGAACGACCCGCUGAACCAGGAGGCGAGCAGAAUAUUUCGGGAGAACCCGGUAGAAUUUGAAAGGUUGGUGCAGAGAAGUUUACGGGGCUACAUGGUGCAAAAUCAACAAUUUCCCAGACUCCUUUGACACGAAAAACAUGAUUUGAUGCGACUUUGUUUUCGACUCGUUUUUAUCCUCAUAGAAGAAUUCAACAUCUUUCGCGCGACAAAAUAUCAAUGAAGGAAAGCUUAUGGUGCAUGCAAGCGGUCAGACAAGUGGGAGUGUUUUAUAUAUCAAAC